AUGUAUAUUAAAUAUAAUAAAAAGGAUUAUGAAGUAGAAGUAAGUGAUGGAGAUCAAGAUGGUGAUAAUAAAGAUGAUAGUAGUGAUGAAGGAGACGACGAUAUAGAAAAGAUAGAUUCUAUUAAAGAAGGUAUGGUGGAAAAUGUAGAUUCUAGUAGUAAAGAAGCUGGUGAAAUAGAUUCUGAAGAUGGUAAAGAAGUAAUAGAUUAUAGUAAUAUAGUUUCUAGCAGUGAAAAAGGUGGUGGUGGUGAAGAAGAAGAUUCUGAAGAUGGUAAAGAGGUAAUAGAUUCUAGUAAUAUAGUUUCUAGCAGUGAAAAAGGUGGUGGUGGUGAAGAAGAAAUAGAUUCUGAAAAUGGUAAAGAAGUAAUAGAUUCUAGUAAUAAAGGAAGUGAAGAAGAUGAUAAACGAGAUAUUGAUUCUGACAUAGAAGAAGUAAAAUUAGAAGAUUCUAGUGUAGGUGUCAAUAAUGUAAGAAUAUGCAGUAGAAAAAGAAGAUUUGCAUCAGGAGGAGGAGGAGAAGGAAGAAGAAGUAAUGAGGAAAAUGAAAGCAGUACAGUUUUUGAGAGAAAAGCAGUAAAAGAAGAGCAACUUUCUGGUAGUGGAGAAGAUGGUAUACAAAGAAGGAACAAAAGAACAAUAGAAGAGGGAAGAACAGUAGUAGUGAGAGGAGGAGGAGGAAGUGGUACUGGUAGUGGAGAAGAUGGUAUACAAAGAAGGAACAAAAGAACAAUAGAAGAGGGAAGAACAAUAGUAGAGAGAGGAGGAAGUGGUACUGGUGGUGGUGAUGAUGAAAGUGAUGAAGAAAGUGAUGAAAGUGUUGAUUUCAUCAUCAUUCUUCUUUUCUGA